AUGAAGACCUCAAACCUCACACAUGUGGCCAAGCUGCUGCUACCAAGGGCCAGCAGGCAGAAGGGCGUCCUUCUCGCUAUGGGCAUUUUGGUAAUAUUUGGACUGGUAACACAUACAUGGGGAUUUUAUUUCGAACCUCCCAACAUUUUGUCGUAUCGAACAACACGAUCAAACCCGCAUCAAGUGAAGCUCGCGUCGCACACGUCGAAUUUGAUGCACGAUUUAUGGAAACCUUUUCUUCUUGACAUUAAUGCGACAAGCUUUUCGACAGAUGAGGGGUACCUUUACGAGGUACCCAAGGAGAACCAGAACUGGCCCCAGCCCUUGGGCAAGAAGCUCCUCAUUUUGGAUGUUGACACUCGAUUGGACAAGGGACCUGGCGCCGUGAUGAAUGACUCGGCGCUGGAUUACAAGGAAAUGAAGGGACGAACUGGCGGAAUUAUGAACCAUUAUCUCUAUGCUAUGAUUCAUGGUUAUGACUACAAAUUUGUCCGAGCCCCCAAUUAUCCUAAGCGACAUCAGACGUGGGUUAAGGUCCCAAUGAUCCGAGAAGCGCUUAAGUCCCACGAUAUCGUCGUUUUUCUCGACGCCGACGCAGAAUUCAUGUACCCCCAGGUACCCUUCGAAUGGUUGAUGAAGCUAUGGAACAUUACGGAUAAGACACUUCUUGCGCUAGCGAACGAUCCCGAUUCUCCACGAAACCGCGACGAAAAGGGCAAGGUCAUGCAAAACACGGGCUUCAUGAUCGCCCAGCAAAGCAACAGAACACAAGAACUUUUCGACGACUGGGAACAAUGCCCAAGCGAGAAGAAAUUCAAGGGUUGUCAGCGAUGGGCGAACGACUGGGCACACGAGCAAGCCGCAUUCUCGAAUUACGUACGAUACAGCUAUAACCAGACCCAAGACAUCGGCACGAUACCAUGCAUGGACGGGAAUGGCGCUCCAUACAUUGGGGAUAAGACAUGUGGCGGAGUCUUCAUCCGUCAUCAUUGGUUCCGCAAGGAUGACCCUGCAAAGGACCUCCAACGACUUAUCCUCGAGGCUUUCGUGAGUCGAUUACAUGCGGGAUUUCACAAUGAGAUACGAGACAAUUUCUUAGAUGCGAGUCGGCAUACGUACCCACUCAACCAUUUAGUCUUUUAA